UGCCUUAGUAAGUACAUACUUGGGUAGGUACACAACAUUCACAAUCAAUGCUCCCCCCCUCAAUUACAUACCUAUUACCUAUUCUACACAUGUAACCUACAUACAUCAGAUCUCACCAAUAUCUAGCUACAUACCUAACCUAGUGCCUACCUACUUACCUAGGUAGGCACCUAGUCAACAUGAACCGUCCCCGGAGACGGAACCGACAUCGAUGGCCAAUUACACAUGCAGAUCAGGACAUAGAACGUCGAAGAUCGGCAGCGGAACUUGGACGUCGACGAGCCGCAGCACAACGUCCUCUGAGAGUCACUCCAAACACUUCCGAUGUCCCCAAUGUUCCCAUCACCGGCUUGGGCCGCCUAGACAAUCUGCCUAAUGAGGUCAUUCUGCUUGUCUUUACACAAUGCAACCUACGUUCCCUCUUGCGUCUCGAGCGCGUGAACAAGGCCGCCAAGAAGCUCGUAGCCUUGUUACCCGGCCUACCAUUCGUUAGAAGUACUGCAAAGGGCAUCAUCGAACAUGCUACACCUCCGUUUCGCCACAUCAUGUUCACCAUCCUAAAAAUUACAACGUACUGCGGACUUCGACAUCUUUUGACCACCUACGAAUGCGAGGUAUGUGAUGAGCCAGGGUCAUUCCGCAUGGUCAAGGUCAAGGUUCUUUGUGACAAGUGCAACUCCAAAAAGUUGGGAGGUCGCUAAGUACAAGACGAAAUGAAUUUGAACGAUUGAGAUCACAAAACGGAGAUUCGUGGGUGCAGCUAGGUUAGGCUAUGCAGAUUUACCACAAUAAACACUGACGACGUGACUUCAGAUAGGGAGACACGGAAUGCUUACUAAACUCGUCCAAUUCCUCGCUAUUAUUUAUCAUUAGAAAAUUAUCUCAAUGAUGCUUAACUUCGUAGCUAGGACAGGUGAGGAAACUGCCCAAAUUGCGUCCUUUCUUUCUAUGCUGAUAAUGAUAUACUUUCCUGUCUUCCUCUCUAAGUAGAUACUUAACUUAGGUGAGUAUUCUUGAAUACCUCAGUUGUUCUAGGCCAGGCACAUAUAUAGAGGAUUUUCCAGAACGAGGCGAACAGGAGCGAAUCAACUGCGUCAACGUACCAAACAAUGUAAUUGCACAGAGGUUUUCCAACCACUCAAGUGCCGUCAGCGCAGGUCUCUAUAU